AUGACGACUUCAGCGAUAUAUACUGUCUUCACAUCUCCGCAUCAUGCGCCGAUGCCAAAUCAUUUACCAACGUUGAUCGUUACUCCUCAUGGUCAACCUAAUCAAAUACUGUAUACUUAUCUGCAUACUGAAGAGAACCGUGUAAACUAUCUUCUCACCCCAUCUCCUCAAGGUGAUCUCUGCGUCGCCAAGCUCUUUCCACCCGCUAGACCUGGGCAACCUGGACAUUCAUCAGCUUCAUUACCUACAGUAGCAUCGAAACAACCUCAUAAUGUAGUUCGAUGUGAAGCUUCAAGAGAUCUGAGAUGGACAAUCGAGAAUACAGGUGUCAUGUCACCUAUCUACAAAAUUGUAAAUCAAGAUGAUACUCCUUUAUAUCAAAUCUCAAAACCCAACCCAAAUGCAGAGUUCUGGACAAUGUUCUAUUUCAAAUAUGCUGGUCAUCAAAUUCCUCCUCAACGGAUUGAGUUCGGCAAGGUAGCCAAGAAUCCACCAGAAAAAGGAGGAGGUACGAGAAUAACGGUUACCGGCAAAACAGAGGAUGAGAAGCAGGUCUGGCAGACGUUGGGUGUCGGAAAUGAGGAUUGUGUGGAAUGGGUAGUUUGUUGUGCUUGUUUGAAUCUGCUUGAUGAUCAAAUUCUCCAAGCAGCAGAAAAGAAAGCUGGUAUACUUGGACCUGCAUCUACCGCCGCAAAACCCGCAGUCUCAUCCCCUGCAGCAACGUCGCUUCGACCGAACCCUGGUCCUAUACAAAGAGUCGCACCUACACCUGGACCACGAUCAGCUGGAUCCAAUGGUCCCGGGAUAGCGUCGUCUUUGCCGAUUAAGGGAGCUCGCUCAACAGGACCUGGUGGACCUGGAAUAGCAUCUUCUGCACCCUCAGUAGGAGCUACUAAUCUCUCACAGACAUAUAAAAAUAACCCCAACUUUCGAGCUGGUCCGCCACCUCCUCAACCCCAAGGUAGCUAUAGAGGUCCACCACCACCUCAACAACAGCAACAACAGCAACAACAACAACAACAAAACCAAAGACCUCCUCCUCCUCAGCAGCAACAACAGGGUCAAAGACCACCACCACAAAAUUCAGAUCCCAGGAUGAGAGGUCCUCCUCCACCUCAACAAGGUCAAAGAGGUUAUGCACCGGUCGGUAACGGCGGAAGGAGGUUCUAG